AGCAGUGUAGCAGGUCGUUCGCUAAGCCUAAUUAAGCAAAAUCAGCUUUGGAACACUACUCUACUAGCACUUCAGUAGUAGUAUAAAAUAGGAAGCUGGCAGAUGGAUUCAGACUCCAGCACAGAACAGAGCAGCUAUCGGAAGCCAUGGGGGCGGACGGGAAGAAGCCGUACGUCGUGGCCGUCAUCAUACAGGUCAUCUACGCCGGCAUGUUCGUCGUCUCCAAGGCGGCGUUCGACCAGGGGAUGAACACCUUCGUCUUCAUCUUCUACCGCCAGACCGCCGCCAGUCUCCUCUUGCUGCCUCUAGCCAUCAUCCUAGAAAGGAAGAAUGCGCGGUCAAUGUCGUUCCGGUUGCUCCUGAAGCUUUUCUUGUAUGCCUUGAUCGGGACUACAUUUAGCUUGAAUGUGUACAACGUGAGCCUCAAGUUCACAUCUGCGCCCGUGGGAUCUGCGACCAGCAACUCCCUGCCUGUCAUCACCUUCUUCUUAGCGCUUCUAUUGAGGAUGGAAGUGGUGAAGCCGAAAAGCCCUUCAGGGAUAGCCAAGCUCGGCGGCAUGGCGCUCUGCCUCGCCGGCGUUCUCGUCAUCGCCUUCUACGCCGGCUUGUCCCUGAGUCCGAUAAACCACCACCGCGCCUUCAACGUCAGUUCCAACGUCGCAAGAACCGGAGACACCGACCACGCGCUGUGGAUCAAGGGCACGUUCCUCAUGGUGCUCGCCAACGUGACGUGGUCCCUGUGGAUCAUCCUGCAGGCGGCGCUGCUGAGGGAGUACCCCAACAAGCUGCUCGUCACGGCGACACAAUGCGUCUUCAGCACGGCCCAGUGCUUCGUCGUGGCGGUCGUCGCCGAGGGGGACUUCUCCCGGUGGCGGCUCCGGUUCGACGUCACCUUGCUUGCCGUCCUUUACACAGGGUUUGUGGUGACGGGGGUGUCAUACUACCUGCAAGCGUGGUGCACGGAGAUGAGAGGCCCCGUCUUCCUCGCGGCGUGGAACCCGCUCUGCUUCGUCCUCACCAUUUUCUGCUCCUCCUUCCUGGGCGAGAUCGUUCAUCUCGGCAGUAUCCUGGGCGGGGCUCUCCUCGUCGGAGGGCUCUACGCCGUCCUUUGGGGAAAAAGCAAGGAGGAUCGGGUCGUGCCGUGCGGUGAGAUGAGCACGGUGGAUGGCUCGGAAUCUGCGGUGGCGGCGAAGAGCAAGCAAGAGACUAGGGAGAAUGUGAGUGACGAGAAAACGAUGUUAUCUUCGGGCGCUGAAGAAGUUUGAUUGGGAUGCGCAUGAGGUGCAGCCAAUCGUGGGACACGGCCUCGGCUUCCCUCUCACAUGAGGCCCGUUCUCAGCCCAAUACGUACGAGACCUCAUUGAAUUUUGUGUGCGACAUUCAUAAACCGAAAUGAAACCUUAUUGAAACGAUCUGAAUUGGGUAGUGCACCGACACUGCGGAACGGAUUUAAAGGAUAAGAAUCCAAUCCAAGAAGGAGCCUCGCCAUCCA